AUGUCCGGGUCCGGGUCCGGGAGCCCCUCUCGGGGAAGCCCCUCCCGGUCCCAACGAAGGCCGCUACACGAGCGUUCCAAGUCGCAGUCCAACUCCCUUGCCAUUCGCAUCGUCCCUUACAGCCCACCCCGCCCAAGCGGCAAAAACCGCGAUUCCACCGCGUCAGCUUCAUCGUCACGCACCCCGACGUCCACGACAGCACUGCUCUCUCCCAACCCAUCGGGUCACGACCACGCCGGUUCAUCAUGGGCCGACGACCGCUCCGUGAGCCGCGCCAGCGACCUCUAUUCUCAUCGACGCUCUUAUUCUUCCAGCACUUUAACGUCUGUAUUGUCGCCAGCCUCGUCCACCUUCCCAUUGGUUGCCGCCAAGGACCAUCGUGUUUCAGGGUCGAAACUCCGAUCCGACUCCUUGCCCGGCGACGAGUCGUCUCCCACCACCCCUGUCCCUACCACUCCACCUCAUCAGACUGAUAUUUCCCGCGUUAAUGCGCGAUCCCGGUCCUCCCAGCGCAACGAGGACGACGAGCCUGUCACACCCUCAGCAAAGCGCCCCUUGUCUCGCCGCCGCAAUCUCAUCGCCCUGAACGCUGAUGGCAAGACAUUCUCCCUUUUGCCCCAGGGGCAGCGGGCCGCAGUCCACGAAGACCAUGGCUCAUCUUCCAGAGCCCCUACCUUGUCACUGUCUACCACGACUUCGCAUGAACGCCUUUCGGACGCCUUCAGUGAAGUCCGUCCAAGCUCAACAGUGACUUCACUUCCGGACCGAAGCUUUUCAUCCACUCUAACCCCGGCAUCCUCGACCACGCAAUUAGCCGGUGAUCAUAUUACCAGCACAGCCGGCUCCUCGUCCCCUUGGAAUUAUCGAAUGGUGGGCGGCCUUCGCAAGGUUCCCAACACCCCCGAUCUCAAGCAAAAGCAAAAGUCGACGCUCCUUCACCCUGGACUCGAACAGACCGCAACUUACCCGCCGUCUCCAUCUGGCUCUCGACUCGCGCCGCUGCCCGAGGCACCUGCUGAUUUGUCUACAUCCUCGGACCCCCACGACCUGCAGACCAAGACCUCCUUUCAGUCGUCCGUCACCGCAUCAACGACAUCGGAGAAGACGAACUACAAAGUCUACGCCUCUAAUUCCCCCCCCGCGACCGAUACCGAGAGUGUGCUUCAUGCACCGUCGACGACCUCAGAGACGACCAACUACAACUUGCAAGGUUCCAGUUCGCCUCCUUCGCCCGAGAGAGAGGAGUCGACGCACCCGCCAUCGUCGAGCCACUCGAACUACAUAGUCCUCGGCCGAUCCUCCCCUCCCGAGCCAUCGUCUGCCGAGAGAAGUCCGCCAAAGACUGCCGACAGCGAACAAAACUACGUAUUGCACGGCGCUUCGUCUCCGGUGCCAUCGUCUCUAGCCUCCAGCCGCCGUUCUCGGGUCCGCCCAGAGUACUCGCAAGAAAGUCUCUUGGUGGCACCAUUGAAGCCCCACAAGAAGAAGAAGAAGAGAUCUAACGAAAGAUUUGGUUAUUAUAAGUCACGGUCCAGAGAUUCCCUGCGACGCGCAGCCUCGGUCAAAUCAAUCUCCAGUGCCCUCACUCUCGAAGCCGCACAAAGUUUCCUAGCUUCCCCUGCGGCUUUUUAUCGAUCACGCGUACUGGCCAGCCAGUCUGGACGGCAGCCAGAGACCAAAGUUGCGCCGACCGUAACCCCCGCCGCUCCUGUUGCGCCUGUUGUGUCUGCAGCAUCACACAUGAACCCCCAUCCGCAUCAAUGGAGCUCACAAUUGUCCACUGUUGUCUCGGAGAGUGAGGGGGGUAGCGAGCCUCCGUCCCGCUCCGUGUCUCCCUGGUCGGCGCCUGGGAGACGGGGCAGCAUACCCCUGAGCAGUCACAGCCGGCAGAUGCUCAGCAUCUCGUCGUCUCUGGCUGCCAAUGAAGAGCGCUCAUUGUCGCACUCACGAUCAUUCGCCGACUCUCUCGAACGCCCUCAAGCAACGCACAGUCGAGGAAACACCCUCCGGAUGGUCAGCGAUCAAGACGAGCAUGGCGAUGGAUUGACAGAAUUGCACCAACUCCACCAACGUCCCUCGCGAACCCGUCUUUCUGGCUUCUUUUCAAGCUCAUCUUCCGAUCGGAAUCUCCACUCCUCGGGUAGUUCGCGCGCCAACAGUCUUAACUCGACGUCGAUUCCAACCUGGGCCAAGUUUUAUUAUGGAAGUGGAGAACGCAGGUUCCUCGCCAGCUCGGGGGACUCAUUAAUGUCAGAUCCGAACGACAGCCGACCACCAAGCUCGUUCCAUAGCCAUUCCCCUAGUGUCGACCAGCUCUCGGUGAACAUUUACAACCAACGGCGACGGGCGCGAGAAGUCAAUGCCGCCAACCCCCGACCGCUGUCGGACGCAGGGUCCAUGGAGAUUAGUCCGGCGCCCUUGCAAGACAACCAAGUGCGCACCGGUCUGCGGAAAAAGACUUCCAGUAUCUGGUCACCCCACUUACGGCGGGAUCAGCGAGCUGGCCGUUACAGCAUCUGGGAACCACCAUCGAUGACUUGGUCCGCAGAGAGUAGCAUUUUAGGCAAGCGGAACAUGCAAGUCACAAUGUUUGUCAUCGGGUUCAUCCUGCCGAUCGCAUGGAUGAUCGCUGCCUUUCUCCCCCUCCCCCCUGAUCCGCAAGCCGAGAUGGCGGAGCGCGACCCUCGAUCGGUCCUUUUAGACCAAGAACGCGACCUUCCUACAAGGAUCUCAGUAAUCGACGAAACCCUGUUCCAAAGCGCCCGGUGGUGGCGCGCACUUAAUCGGUACAUGUCUGUUAUCGGGUUAUUGGUCGUCGGUGCCAUCGCUGCCCUCGUUGUCGUGGGCGUCAAACAGGGUUGGGGCCAAAUGGCAUAG